AUGGCCGUUCGCGGCGGCAACGCCCUGACGCCUUUCUCCAUCCAGGCCAUCCUCAACAAGAAGGAGGAGCGCGCCCGCCACGCCGCGGGGCGGCCGCCGCCACCCGGGCCGGCCGGUGGCUGGAGGCUGUGCGGAGCCGCCGAGGGCCCGCCGCUUCCAUCGCCCGCACCCCGCGUCCCGGCACCGCGGACGCCAGCGGGCUGGGACUCGGACUCUGCGCUUAGCGAGGACCCUGAGGGCGAGCGGCGCUCAGAGGAGGAGAGCGCCGGUGCCAGCGCCCGCCCCGCCGAAGUCACAGGCAGCGGGCGGCCAGCGGUGGCAGAGGAGGCGCAACCCCCAGAGGCGGCGGAGCGGGACACCGCCGGCCUCAGUGACAGUGAGAUGUCGGCCGCCGUCUCGGAUCGCAGCCCCCCGGAGGAGGAGGACGGAGCGGGCAAGUGCGGGAAUCUGUUGCCAGGAGAGGAGGAGGCAGCUGCGCCGAAGCCGCGGAAGAAGCGCUCCCGCGCAGCCUUUUCACACGCGCAGGUCUUCGAGCUGGAGCGGCGUUUCAACCACCAGCGGUACCUGUCGGGGCCCGAGCGGGCCGACCUGGCCGCCUCGCUGAAGCUCACCGAGACACAGGUGAAGAUCUGGUUCCAGAACCGGCGGUACAAGACCAAGCGACGGCAGAUGGCCGCCGACCUCCUGGCAGCUGCCCCCGCCGCCAAGAAGGUGGCCGUCAAGGUGCUUGUGCGCGACGACCAGAGACAGUACCACCCCGGCGAGGUGCUGCGGCCGCCCUCGCUGCUCUCGUUCCAGCCCUCCUACUACUAUCCUUACUACUGCCUGCCGGGGUGGGCUCUGUCCACCUGCGCCGCAGCCGCCGGCACCCAGUGAGGGGCAAGCAAACAUAACCCACAGCACCCCCACCACACACACUGGCAGCCAGGAAACCCAUCUCCCCUUCUGCCACCUCCCAUCCCUCCAUCCGGCUGUUCAUCCAUCCAUCCAGCCAGCCAGCCAGCUUCUCAAAUCCAGAGCCCCAGCUGCAGCUCUCGGUGCCUCGGACAGUAUUUAUUAUUAUUUUAUUGUUAUUUUUAUUAUUAAUAUUAUUUGGAUGGUUCCUCACUCUCUCCUCUUCCAACGUAGGACUCGCGGGCCACCCCGCCCCGUUCCUCACCCCGUCCCCACCCUGCCAGCUGAGGACUUGCGCGAUUCGGCACGACUAAUUCAUGGUAUCCAUGUUGUCAGUGUAUUUGGUGUAGACUUUUUGUUUGUUUAUUUC